UUCCCAGAAGUUUCUCACCCUCCAAAACCUACUUACUUGGGAACAAAUAACAAUGCGCGGCAGCUAUGUGGAGAGGUCAAGCGCCGUCGCCAGAGAGAAGCGCGCUUUGGAUUCCGCUUCCGCUUCCGCCGAAGAACCUCAACCUGAUCGGAAACGGCCUGCUUUGGCUAGCGUAAUUGUUGAGGCCCUGAAAGUGGACAGUCUGCAAAAACUCUGCUCAUCGCUGGAGCCUAUUCUACGCAGAGUUGUUAGUGAAGAAGUUGAGCGUGCAUUGGCAAAACUAGGCCCUUCCAAGCUUACUGGCAGGUCUUCACCAAAGCGAAUAGAAGGCCCUGAUGGCAAAAAUUUACAAUUGCAUUUCAAGACCAGGCUGUCCCUUCCCCUCUUUACUGGUGGUAAAGUGGAGGGCGAGCAGGGGGCAGCCAUACAUAUUGUUUUGAUUGAUGCAAACACAGGCCAUAUUGUCACAUCAGGGCCUGAGUCGUGUGCCAAACUAGAUAUUAUUGUACUAGAGGGAGAUUUCAAUAACGAGGAUGAUGAUAAUUGGAACGAAGAAGAGUUUGAUAGUCAUGUUGUGAAAGAGCGGGAAGGAAAAAGGCCUCUUCUAACUGGUGAUCUGCAAGUCACACUGAAGGAUGGUGUAGGAACACUGGGUGAGCUUACAUUUACAGACAACUCUAGCUGGAUAAGGAGUAGGAAGUUUAGAUUGGGGCUGAAAGUUGCCCCAGGUUGUUGCGAGGGAAUGCGUAUUCGUGAAGCCAAAUCAGAACCUUUCACUGUCAAGGAUCAUCGUGGAGAAUUAUACAAGAAACACUAUCCCCCUGCCUUGAAUGACGAGGUCUGGAGAUUGGAGAAGAUUGGCAAGGAUGGGUCAUUUCACAAAAGGCUAAACAAAGCUGGAAUAUAUACUGUUGAGGACUUCCUAAGACUUGUGGUCAGAGACCCUCAGAGAUUGCGGAAUAUUCUUGGGAGCGGCAUGUCAAAUAAGAUGUGGGAUAUUCUUGUUGAGCAUGCAAAGACUUGUGUUCUCAGUGGAAAACUUUAUGUAUACCAUCCGGACGAUGCAAGAAAUGUGGGCGUUGUUUUCAAUAACAUUUAUGAAUUGAGUGGCUUAAUUGCCAAUGACCAAUAUUACUCAGCUGAGUCUCUCUCUGAGAACCAAAAGGUCUAUGUAGACACGCUGGUGAAGAAAGCAUAUGAGAAUUGGAUGCAUGUUAUUGAAUACGAUGGGAAGUCUCUCCUCAAUCAGGAUAAGACUUUGGAUACCGCUCACCCUGAGGCUCCAAUGGCUUCCCAUGAGUAUACAAACUCACUUCAGCAGAUUCCCAUCCCAACUUUGCCACUUCCAGUACAUGCUGGCCAGCCUUCAAUGGAUGCAGGAGUAACAGUUGGAGGUUAUCAUGAUGGGACAACUUCCAGAUUCUCCUUGCAACCACAGAAUCCUAAUCUUAAUUCUUCCAUUCAGUUUGAUGAUAAUGCGUUUCCACUACAACACCAAUUGAUGAGUGUUUCACACCAUGCCCAAUUUUCAAGAAAUGAAAAUGGGUUGACUCUUGGUCCUCCACAACCAUCCACGCAUGGCUUCGAGACUGCCAGCAAUUCAAAUCCUACUUAUGGAGGAGUUGAAGAGUACUUCCCAGAAGAGGAAAUUCGUUUUAGAAGUCAUGAGAUGCUAGAAAAUGAAGAUAUGCAGAAUCUACUCCGUAUUUUUAACAUGGGAGGUCAACCACAUGCUUCCUUUAAUGCCCACGAAGAUGGGUACCCCAGUUCAUCUACAUACAUUUCUACAAACCCCAUGGGCUACAAUUUUGAUGAUGAACCAAACCGUUCCUCAGGCAAAGCUGUUGUGGGCUGGUUAAAGCUGAAGGCAGCUUUAAGAUGGGGUAUUUUUAUUCGGAAGCAGGCUGCUGAAAGACGGGCACAACUGGUUGAAUUGGAUGACCCCUAGAGAUCUUGGGGCCAUUACUGAUCUGCACUGAUCUGAACAAUAUUUUUUCUGGUUAUAGCACCCAUGGUUUCAUUUCUGACUUUAAAAUUUGUUAUCAUGCUGAAAUUUGGCAUGGGCAAGGGAUAUGAAAUCUGAGUUGAAUUAUUUGGUGCAGCCGUGCAGGCUUAAAUAUUCUGCUGUGCCUUGAUCCAUAAACAGUUGUACAUAGACCUCUGCCUGUAGAAGAAUAUCACUUUGCAACAUCUCUGCUAUAACUGCUUUGCUUGUGAUGUUUUCACUAAGCAUUCCCGAAUCCAAGUUGUAAAGGCUCGAAGAUUUGCCUGUUUUUAAACUGAAGAGUCUAUUGCUUCUUAAACUUGGCAAGCUCUAAGUGGAAUCUCAAGAAUCUAGGAUCUUUACUACAUUCACCGGGAAGUAUUCAAUUAUGUAUAGUAAUCUAACUUAAUUGUUAUAUUUUGUAGUUGCUCUGUGACAUUAUAGUUAUAAUCAAUUUGAAUUGCUGUGCUUUGAAUA